AUGGGCACGGUGCUGUCGCUGUCGCCGGGCCCCCGGCAGGCGGGCGUGUUGGAGGCGGCCUCUUCGGCCUCGGCGGGCCUGGCUCCGGGCAGCAGCAGCAGCAGCGGCGGUGGGGGCAGCAGCGCCGCCCAGCGGCCGAAGGGGGAGCCUGCGGCGGCGGCCAAGGGCCUGAAGCGCCCCUCGCUGUUCAUCCCUGCGCUCACCUGGAAGCGCCUGGUGGCCUCCACCAAGAAGAAGGGCGCCCGCGGCCAGGCCAAGGACCCUGUGGUGAGCCGCCUCAACCACGAGAACGCCAAGAAGUCGCUGUCGUGCGCCAACCUCGCUGCCCCCUUCGAGGGCCAGGCCCUGGGCGCCCUCGGCACCAAGCGCCCCUCCCUCAAGCCCCCCGGCCUGGGGGGCACGGCCUCCUCUCCGCGGCGGGUGAUCGUCCAGGCCUCCACCAGCGAGCUGCUCAAGUGCCUGGGGGAGUUCCUGUGCCGCCGCUGCGACCGCCUCAAGCACCUCUCGCCCACCGAGCCCAUCCUGUGGCUGCGCAGCGUGGACCGCUCCCUCCUCCUCCAAGGCUGGCAGGACCAGGCCUUCGUCACCCCCGCCAACGUGGUCUUCGUCUACCUGCUGUGCCGCGAGAUGAUCGACGGGGACCUGGUCUCCAGCGAGCACGACCUCCAGGCCGUCCUCCUCACCUGCCUCUACCUGUCCUACUCCUACAUGGGCAACGAGAUCUCCUACCCCCUCAAGCCCUUCCUGGUGGAGGCUUCCAAGGACACUUUCUGGAACCGCUGCCUCUGCGUCAUCAACGCCAUGAGCGGCAAGAUGCUCCGCAUCAACGCAGACCCUCACUACUUCACCCAGGUCUUUGCCGACCUGAAGAAUGAAGGCAACAGUGGCCGCGAGGACUUCCCCCGCGUCUUGGACCGGUGA